AUGGAGCCGAGGGACGUGGGCAGCUUCCCUUUGCCGCCGAGUCUCCGGGAGAAGUUAGUGGCUGCCGGCUUCCAGACAGCCCAAGAAGUGGUCGAGGUCGGGCCCUGUCAGCUCAGCAAAGGUACCGACGAAGAGGCGGCGGCGGCGGCGAAAACGCCCUCGCUGAGGAGAAAGACGUUUUCCCGCGCGAACGCUUCCCGCCAAUUUUUUAAUUUCCCCCUCAGCCAGCCUUGUCUCGGUUUAGGUGCCAGGCGCCCUCUCCUCACUAAUGCUCCUCCAGGAUUUACGUAUAAGCUAAACAAACUUAUGUAUAUAGCUUCGGGCCCCACUCUCUUGGGUCCCCCCAAAAAAAUUAAAGGGAAAAAAAAGUGGAUGUACAUUUCCAAAAUAUAAGAUAAAAAACCUGCCCCCCCCAUUUUAUUCAUGUUGGCACCCCUGUUCUGUGAAAAAACCCUAUGAUGGUGAGCAAGCAGACAGGAAGACAACUUGCCCACCAUUACUUAUUCUUCACAGAAAUAUUAUUCGAGGGUGUUGGGUGAAUUCUGCAUUACUGCCAGUGUGCCUUGUAGGUGCCCUGUGUGAAUUGGGGCCUAUGAUAUAAUAAUAAUAAUAAUAAUAAUAAUAAUAGUAACUGCCCUUCACCAUGAGGUUGCAGGGCAGGUCACAACAAUGUAAAAUACAGCGUUUUGUGUUGUGUAGGCUCCUAUGAUGUACAUACAGUAUUUUGCUAUGUGCAAAUGGCUUUAGAUACCUAUUAGGUCCAUAAAUUACGUACCAUAUAGCAUAUCUUCGAAACAAAAAACAGCAGCGAUUUGUUGUUGACAAAGGACAGCUGGACAUAUAAAGGGCCCCAUUACCUUCAGCAGCUUAGGGCCUCAUCAAACCUAAAUCCGGCCCUGUUCCUCCUCAUAAUAAAAAACGAUAACAUGAUAAUAUAUCCCAGCCUGAGUCAUAGUUGAGAGUAGGCCUAUUGGAACCAGUUGUUUGACGUCCGCCUUGAAUCGUAAUGGAGAGUAGACCUAUUGAAAUCAAUUGCUUCCAAUCCACCCACCUUAACGUCGCAACUGUAAGGAGUAGAGACAUGGACCCCGAUAUUUGAUAUCCGCCUUUAGUUAUAAUUAAUAGUAGACCCGUUGACGUCAAUGGUUGGAUAUCCAGUGUUAGUAAUUUUGAGUUAACACUCGUUAAAAUCAAAGGACUUUGGGGUGAUACUGUUGGAUCUGCUCAGGAGUGUGGCUAGCAAUCAAUAGCUCCCAUUGUUGAUUAGUAGUAAAGGCUUCUCAAGUGUUAAUUAAAAAGCUUUAUGUGAUAUUAGUGAUCUAUUUAGUAGCACUCCACGUGUUUGUUAACAGCUUUGUGUGGUGUUGUAUCCUUAUUUAAUGCUUUCCAAAUCAUAAUUAAAAAAAAACCACUUUGUGUGGUUUCUAUACAUAUUAAUACAAACAAUAACCACACAGAGCUUCAAAAAUGAAGACUUGGAAAGCAUUAUUAAAUAUGGUAAUAAAAGUAUUUGGGGUUGUGUUUUUUUAAAAAAAGCUUUGUGGUAUCCAUCAUUAUCGUUCCUUAUAUAAUAGAUAUAUCCUUAUAUAAUAAUGCUCUCAGAAGUCUUAAUUUUAAAAAAAUACACAAAGCUUUGUGUAGUGUCAGAAAGGGAUCUGGUUUUGCCCUAUUGAGGCUUUAAAAACUGAUCUUUCCAACAUGGAAAGAUGGUAAGGACCUUGAAGGUUUUUUCUAAGCCUAAUUAUUGGUUGAGCCACUAACAAAAACUUUGAUCGGUUCAUUAAGGCUGUACAGGAAUCCUAAACUCCUAUUUUACAGUGGGAGUAAUACAUGACAUUGAACUUGAUGGGACUUCUGAGCAGACCUGCCAGCAGGAUCAUGUUAAAAGAGAGGAUCCCACUGAAAACAAGCUGUUGGCUUGAAAGGAAUCAGCUGGUGGUCUUUUUGUAUAUAGACAGAAAUACUAUUCAGGAACUCUGCAUUUUGUGCAUUGAACCAAAGUUGUGUAGUUGUGGUUAUAGUGUUGGACUAAUACCUGGGAGGCCUGGGUUCAAAUCUCCAUUAUUAUUGUUAUUAUAUUUGUUGGUCACUUUAUCUUGAUCAGGGCAACCCAAACCAACAAAUAAACUGGCGAUAAAGCCCACCUAUAUACAUUGAAACCAAGAGGAAAGAGAAAUACAUUUAAAACAUCACACUCACUUCUUAAAGGCCGCAGAUAGUUAAAGCCCUGGGUACAGAGAAAUGUUUUUGCCUGGUGCCUAAAGAUAAGUGGUGUAGGUGGCAGGCAAGCCUCCCUGGGGACAGCAUUCCAUAAACAUUUUCUGUGAACCACCCUGAGACCUCCGGGUGUAGGGCGGUACUGUAUAUAAAUUCAGUAAAUAAAUACGAUAUUUUUCGCUCUCUAAGACGCACCAGACCACAAGACACACCUAGUUUUUGGAGGAGGAAAACAAGAAAAAAAAUAUUCUGAAUCUCAGAAGCCAGAACAGCAAGAGGGAUCUCUGCGCAGUGAAAGCAGCAAUCCCUCUUGCUGUUCUAGCUUCUGGGAUAGCUGCGCAGCCUGCAUUCGCUCCAUAAGACACACACACAUUUCCCCUUACUUUUUAGGAGGGAAAAAGUGAGUCUUAUAGAGCAAAAAAUAUGGUAAAUAAAACGGGGAGCUACCACAGAAAAGCUCUCUGGGUGACCUUGGGCCAAUCUCAGCCUAACUUACCUCACAGGGUUAUUAUGAAGGCAAAACAGAAAGGAGAGAGCUGUGUAUAAUACCUUGAAGUCCUUGAAGGAAAAGUGGAAUAUAAAUGUAAUAAUACAAAUGUAUUCCUUGUGUAGGCAGUUUAUCCUGUGAGUAAAUCCCAUUUAACUCAGUGGGGCCUGCUUCUGAGGAGAUAUGUUGAAUAAGAUUGCACUGUUAAUUUGUCACUUGGUGUUCAUAACCACUAGAUGUCACUAUUAUAUUGCGCUUCAGAAGUAGAUACUCUGAUUUCCAGUCCUCUUUACUAGUUAUUUUUGUAAUGCAUUGCAUUUAUUUGGAUAAUGUGCAAAUGCCUAAAAUUACAGACUGAAAAAAGAAAAUGUAUAUAAUCAAAACACUUGCCAAAAUGUAUUACAAACGGGGAUAUUUGUAUUUUGGUGAGUUCCCCACUCCCCUUAGUAAGUAAUUUGUAACUUGUGCUUUUGCAAUUGAACAUAAAAGAUGCAUUAGAAUAUAUAUUAGAUGCAGUCAGUCAAAUGUAGUUAAACAUCACCAUUAAAGAAUCACAAUUACUCUUUUUUUUAAAAAAAGUAAUAAACCUUCAGCAAAAUAUUAUGUUUUCAGUCAGUCAAACCUUACAACGUUAACUUCAGGGUAUUUGCACAUAGGAAAAGAAGGGAACCAUUUUAAUUCACUACUUUGAUUUGCCCAGUAACUGUCAGUGGCAAAAUUAUGAACAGUAUUAGUUAGCAGAAAGCAUUAAAAAUUGCCUUCUAUUGUCUCAGACCAUUGGUCCACAUAACUCAAUAUUGUCUACACUGACUGGCAGCAGUCCUCCAAGGUUUCAGACAGGAGUCUUUUUCCAGCCCUAGUUAGAGAUGCCGGAGGUUGAACCUGGGACUGUCAUCAUGUUCUCUACUGAGCUACGACCCUUCCCUUACUGUCCUUUGCUUUUCAGAAAAUUAAAGUCUACUGUAUUUUGUUUUUUCCCAGAAGUUGGGAUUUCAAAACAGGAGGCCUUAGAAAUUCUGCAAGUGAUCAAACGGGAACGACAUGGCGUUGAAGCAAACACUGUGGGGUUGGAUCAGGCACCAGCCAAGAAGUACACAGCCCUUGAACUUCUGGAAGAGGAGCAAGCUCACGGUUUCAUUAUAACCUUUUGCUCUGAACUGGAUGGUAUCCUGGGAGGGGGCAUUCAGCUGACAAAAAUCACAGAGAUCUGCGGAGUGCCAGGAGUCGGCAAAACACAACUAUGGUAAGAACUGCUGCCAAAACUCACAUUUAAAAGCCUUUUCUGCACUUCUCACGAUUCACUGUAGUCUGGCGGGAGGGGUAGACUAUGGUCAUGGUAGCUCUUCAUUUUAGCCCUGAUGGGUCUUGCUCAGAAGAGUCCAUAGCUCAGUGGAAGUGCAUCUUCACCUGUUGCUCCCAUUUGUUUCAGCGGAACUUGCUUCCAAUUAGGUAAGCAAACACGUUCAGUACUUAGUGCUUUAUUUUCUCACGGUGGGUGUUUUCUAAACCUGCAGAUUUUCAUAGGCUGACACAGUGCCCCGUUGCCCAUUCCACAUUGCAUAAAUCUCUUUGUAGUGUCAUUUCCUGUCUGGGUUCUCCCACUCUCUCUGCCAGAAGAGGGUGGGGUGGGGAGAUUCCGCCAGUCAUGAGCUGUGUGUGUGUGCUUUUAGUAACCCUUAUUUACUGAGCUAUAACUAACUUUCUCCCUGUGACCAUUCCUUUAUGUCCUCUUUCUCAGCAUGCAACUAGUGGUGGACGUGCAGAUUCCAGAAUGCUUCGGAGGGCUUGAUGGAGAAGCUGUUUUCAUAGACACCGAAGGGAGCUUUAUGGUAGACCGAGUCGCAGAUAUGGCAACCGCCUGUGUUGAGCACUGCCGGCUUAUUGCUGAAACACAUCCAGAAGAAGGUUUAUUAUCAAGCUAUAUGCUCACCUAAGGCUUGCGGGGAGUGUAACAUCAGGUCUGGAGACCAAAUGAAGCCCUCCAGGCAUCUUUAUCUGGCCCUCAUAGCUUGUAGGCCACAGCCUACAAGUCAUGAGCUGUUACAAGUUGCCUUGUAACAGCUUUUUUUUUAAUUAGGAGGGGAACAUUGCCUUGCCCUCUGCCUAGAUGUCUUCCACCGCUACACUGAGAAUGUCCUGUUCUGUUGACUUCCAUAGCCAGGAAUUAAGUCGCUCCACAUGCCUUGCUCUACAUACCUGUCUCUAUGUGUAAGGGACAGGCUGGGGAACGAAUGUCAUGGUUUUACAAAUGUGUUCAACAUAGAUUCUUAUUUCCUUCAGAGCAUCAAACAGCACUGGAGACUUUCUCCCUUGAAAAUAUUCUUUCUCAUAUCUUUUACUUCCGUUGCCAUGACUAUGUGGAGCUGCUGGCACAGGUGCACCUCCUCCCAGACUUCCUUACUGGGCAUCCAAAGGUAGGGAGAUUCUGUAAGUAAGAACGAAAAAAAUAUAGUGUGUGUGAAGGGGAAGUUACUUGUUGGCUCUGAUUCAUUUGAUCUGGGCUGCAUUGGUCGUUUGACUGGAUUGAGGUCAGAUUGUGACCUUUUUGAUUGCGCAUUCGUGAUUUUUGGAGCUCAUGAUUUGGGGUGGGCAUACAUGAUUCUACUUUCAGUGUUACUUGUGCCUGGAAAAGUUUUGGGACAGGCAUACUCUUUGUUUCCUGCAACUUACUGCUGAAAUUCUAUAAUGUGUCAUACUACAAAUGUUCCAAUUUGUCAUACUUCUCUUGCACUAUAGUACAAGGGUGCCCGUCCAGACAGCAGUAAUGCAGUAACAAUAGGAAAGCACCACAGAACAUCUAAUAAAGUGUGGACCACCCAGUAUAGAAUCACCACUAAUGCAUUGUCCCCCUUUUAUUUCCUUGCCUACCACACCAAGUUUACUUAAAGCUCGCUCCUAACUGAGUUAGGCAUGCUUAAACCCACUGACAUUAAUGGGGUUAAACACAGAAAAAACACAAGGCAGAUGCAGUGUUGCCUAAUCUUUUCACGCUUGCACACUUCUCCCAUUCUGUUGUGGGCUCACCUGAUUUCUCUUCCCCCCUUACCUAUGAAUUCUUGCACACUAAUCUUCCCUUCACUCUUUGGAACAAAGCAUGUUUAGCCUCAACCUGUGUUUGCUUGAAGAUUUUGUAUUUGUUAGCCAUAUCAUGAAUCAGCAUAGUUAAAAGGUGCGGGAAUAUAAAUAUUUUAAAUAAAAAUAUCGAAAACAUGUUGCCUAGACCAGAAGUUUCUGGACCACUUGACACCAGCUAUUUCUAUGCCUGCUACUUCUCUCCAUUGCACCAGAGGCUUGGCAUAACCAUGGCCUCUCUAUCAUCAUCAUUACUACUACUGUAGCCAGUGUCAUAGCUGUCAACGUUCCCCUUUUUUAAAGGGAAAUUCCCUUAUUCCGAAUAGGAUUCCUCGCAAGAAAAGGGAAAAGUUGACAGCUCUGGUCAGUGUGUGUUCUAAGUUAGAUAAACUAUGUAUGUACAUUGUGUGGUGGUGGUCUGUGUAGUUAUUAAAUAUUUUCUUGGGUUAAAAGUCCAUACACCGUCUCUAUUUUCAGAUCAUAAAGUCUACAGAUCAGUUAUAUUCGAUGUGAGACUUUAAUGUUGUAUAUAGUAUAGGCUUGGUGGGGGGGAGAGAAGGGAGUGGUGGUCUGUGUAAUUAUGUGUGUGUUUGGGGUUUGUUGUUAUUGCUAUCCUCUCUGGAGAAGUGAUAAGCUUGGAAUAUUCUCUUAUCACUGGGCAGAACAGCAGCAGCUAUUAAAGGACACAGUCCCGUCCUUGUGUCUAUUGACUCUACACAUCAGUGGAAAAUAGCUUGGAGGUUGAUAUGUGUUAAACCUGCAGCACGUGGUGCUGUGGGGAACCAUGAAGCAAGUUUCUGCAUUCUGUUGGAAGCGUUGUUCGAACGUACCAAAAGUGUCAGAGAGUUAAUAAAACAAGCAGCACCUGCUGCCAGCCACUGCCAGUUAGUGUGAAGCAGUAGUAUUCAAAAUUUGCAGAUCCAGGUCCCACCUUAACUCAAGCAUUUGGGGAUCUAUUUCUUAAUCUACCAUAUAAUUGCAUGGUGCUGGUACUGCUGUUGUGACCCACCUUGGAUCAGGCUGUGACCCAGUAGUGGGUCCCUACCCACUAGUUGAAGGUCAGUGGUGUAAACAACAUUGAGCUAGACAUGGUACAAAGCACUCUGGCUUUAGGGCUUUUUGCUACCCCAGGGAGGGUUGAAAACGAUUUCUGUGUCAUAAUUUGAUUUUCCAAUCUCCCUUUUAUGUGGAGCAAGCACAGGCUGUUCCAGGUAUGCUUGCCUUGGAAGUUGAAUAUUCCCAGGCAGCUGAGCUGGUAAAUGCACAGCAGGGCUGGCUUACUUGUGGUGGGUGAAGAGUUUUUGCAGCACAAGUAGCAACAGCAAAGGAAUGCUAAUAAAUCAUAAUUAAGCAUGGUGAUCACAUUGAGCCCUGAGCAAUUCUAGCUGACUUCCUUCAGAAUUAUGAAUGAAUCAGUUAGGCAAAAGCAAAUAUCCAGAAGGGAGGUAAGAGGCUCCACAGCAUAGGAUGUAUUUUCAUGUGUGUAUUUGUUAUUGGAGUGCCUGUAGGUUUAUUGCACAAAUGGGGGGUGGGAAGCUACAUGUAUAUCAUCGUGGAAAACUUUUGUUCGAAAGAGAGGAGGUUUUUAGCCUGUACAAUUUACAAUUGCAUAGAGAAGUUUGAAAUAUAAAGUCAGGUUCUGGUGAAGCCUUUAAAAGACAGAUGUUGUGGAACAUAGGAAGCUGCCUUAUACAGGCUGAGUUUAUUUGCCCAUCUAGUCUUGUAUUACCUUUUUCUGCAUACAUGUCUUACGUUUAAACCACACACAAACACCCAAGAAUCCUGAGAACUGUGGUUUGUUAAGGGUGCUGGGAGUUGUAGGAACAUAAGAAGAGUCUGCUGGAUCAGGUCAACAGCACAUCCAGUUCAGCAUCUAAUUCUGAUAGGGGCCAUCCAAAUACCUGUGGGGAACCCUCAAGCAUGACCUGAACACAAGACCCCUCCUACAUGCCUAAAGUGUGCACCUAUAAAUACUUACUUUUUUCCUUGUUUAUUAAAGGCCACUUCAAUCUUUUAUCUAUCUUUUGUAUUUAUUUAUUUUUAAAUGUGCACAGGUGGCUCAUAUGCUUCCCUGACACUGAGUUCCGAGAAGAGCAGCUUGCUGUGUUUUAUAUCCUGCUGUUAGGUACGAUUGGUUGUGAUUGAUGGAGUUGCCUUCCCUUUCCGCCAUGACAUUGAGGAUCUCUCACUGCGAACACGGCUCUUGAACGGCUUGGCCCAGCAGCUGAUCAGUAUUGCAAAUGAUCACACACUAGCUGUGAGUUGUUGUUGUUUUAUGAGGUGGGGGCAGUCAUAAAUGUUGUUUUGCAACAUACAGGUUACUAAGCACUGAACGAAAUGUGGUUUAAACUGCUGCGCAAGAGUUGGCUGCAGAGUAAAACUGAAGGGGCAUGCUUCUUUUAAAAUGGAGUGUUGGGAUUCCUAUAACACUAAAUUCUAAACUGGGUACCAGAAUCUAUGCUUGAAGGAAGCAAAAAUACUGUAUUUUUCGCCCCAUAGGGCGCACCGGCCCAUAGGACGCACCUAGUUUUUUGGGGGGGAGGGGGGAAAUAAAGAAAAAAAUUCCCCUGACCCCCAGAAUAGGCUGCUAUCCGCAAGCCGUGGGAGAGCUGUGCGACUUUGUGCAGCUCUCCCACGACUAGCGGAGAGCUGCGCGAAGCCGGAAGCCUGGGGCGUGCUGAGCUCAGCGCACCCCAAGCUUCUGCGUGCGACUUCGCACAGCUCUCCCACGGCUAGCGGAGAGCUUCCUGAAGCCUGGAGAGCGAGAGGGGUCAGUGCACACCGACCCCCCUCGCUCUCCAGGCUUCAGCGAAAGCCUGCAUUCGCCCCAUAGGACGCACACACAUUUCCCCUUCAUUUUUGGAGGGGAAAAAGUGUGUCCUAUAGGGUGAAAAAUACAGUAAUUGGGGUAGUAAUAAUAAAAAACAAAAAAAAUGCCAGCUGAAAAAUACGAUAAUAAAAUUCCAUCAAUCCUGGUUUAAACAUAUAUCUUAAUGUAGGCAAUCUAAAGAGGAAUCUAAAUAAAAUGGAUGAUUAUAAGUCACGCGUUCAAGUGUACAAAAGACAAUGAGAUAUCCCAACCACUGGUGGAUAAGUGGUUGGUGUCCAUCCUUCCAAUCCUUAUCAUUUUUUACCACCUUAUUUAAAAAAUAAGGGGGAGGGAAUUCUUCCAACAAUGAUGGGUCUGUCUUAAUACACCUUUGUAGUGUCUUACACAUAUCUGCUGUGCAGUUCUGCAGAGUUUAAUCAUUGUUGGGUGUGGGUUUUUUGUAAUGUCGUUUUUAUUCAUUCCUUUAUUUCGUUUUCAUCUGGUUUGUUGUUUGCUUCAUGUGUUGGUUUAAAAAAUUGUUUUAUUAUGAUCAUGGCAUUUUAUUGCUGCUGUAUUACGCCAUGUGUUCCAUUUUGGAUAUAAAUCUAUCAAAUAAAUUUUAUUGCUUUUCUACUCUGCUUUCUGUGAGUGGCUCACAUUAAGCUGAACAAUAAAACAGCAAGAACUUAAAUACAAUCCCCAACAUCAAUAAAAUGCCCCAAGACAAGAAUCAAAGACACUGAUUCUGCUGAUUAAAAUUCCAUCUACUUUAUUUGAAAGCACUCUGAAAUAAUAUUGCCAUUGAUCUGCUUUCUGAAAGUUAGCAAGACAGAUAACGGGCAGACUGCCCUGGACAGGGACUUUUCACUGCCGAGUCACGGCGACUAGGAAAGCUCCAGUGAUGUGAGAUGGAAAGUUUUCCAGAAUUGGAAGUUUUCCAGUGCUUUUAUUUUUUCUGUUGAAAUCUACCCAUUUUAGAAGUUCAUUAGUAAUAAUGAUGUAAGUUACGCAAACUUGUCAGUUUCAAAUUUUUUAGCUUUAUUAAUGAUAAAAGUGAAAUAACAAGCUAAAUUAGAUCGCUUUGUAGGGCAGGAAUGGAGGAAACUCAGGUUCCGGGGCUGAAUGUGACCCUCCAAACCCCUUUGCUUGGCUCUUGGGACUCUCCAGAUCAUACUUCCAUGAGCAACUUCCAUGGAGCAACCUCCAUGAGUGUUCUUCCUUGGUUGGAAUGUGUGCUUGAACUCUGAUAAUGUGUCUUGCUUUUCUGGAAGAAGGAUAGGGAGUUGUUUGAGAUUGUGAAGAAACUAACCUACGUACAAAGGUAAACAUGUUCAUGAACUGCUCUGCCCACUAAUGCCUCUGGCCCCACACCUGCCCUCCCACCCAGAUGUUUCCCCAGAAGAGAAAAAACACACCAUAAAGCUUCCCCCACCCCUACUCUAGAGAAGAGAAACUUGAGGGUCAGCAACCUAAGGCCCAUGGGCCACAAGCGGCCCAUGAGGGUCAUUUAACUGGCCCAUGGACCCCCGCUGCACGCUUAGUCGGCUCCCGUGCUCAGUGCUAAACCGGUCCUGAGCAGAGCAGGGACCGCCUUCCGCAAUGCUCGCUGGCUUCCUAUUGAUUGCAGGAAGCUCCUGCAGCCAGUGGGAAGCUGCGCAUGCCUCCUCUGUGUUGGAAGGAGUGCCGGAAAUAGCGCUUGCGUGCGCGCACACUCCAGCCCACCGCGGCAUCUGCGGGACUGUGAACCGGCCCAAGCCACAAAAACUUUGCCGAUGUGCUAUUGGACUUCUCCUGCCAGCAGCCAGCAAUUACCAGGGGUUGGGUGAUGAGAGCUGUAGUCUAACAGCAUUUGGAAGGCCGCAGGUUCCUCAUCCCUGCUCUGGGAGCAUGAGGAUAUUUUUCUAUGCAAACCGGAUAUUUUCUGAUUCAAACUACCCUCAUUUGCGUAGGAAUUCCCACCCACCCCCGAAAUCCCAUAUCACUGAAAGGCUCUGGCUUGUGACAGCCUCCUGCUGUCCUUUCAAACACGGUAACAGCCAAUUUCAAAGCUCAGGAGAAAAUGUGUGGGUGGAUCUUCUUUCUCCCCUCACAGCAAACGCCCACAUAUUUCAAAAGCGGGUUAAAGAGUUUCCUGCCUUCCACUGAUAAUUAUGUUUAAAGAAAAUUAACCCCUGGCCUUUGCAAAAAGACUUGCAGCUGGUCACUCAGAGAAAAGCCACUUUGCUUGCUUGCGGGGGGAGGAGAUGUCUGUGGGAGAAAAUCCUUAGCAUCCUGCCUUGCCGAUUUCCUUUGUUGUUGCAGCCUUUGACCUCCACUUAAAGGUGCUGCAGACAGGGCCAGCUUUGUGCCAGCUGAGGGCAGGCAUGAGCUGUGUAGCCUAUUUAUAGGUGGGCUUUUUUUAAACCCUGCCAUGUAGAAAGGGAUUGUUCAGGAACGAAGCUUACGCAAGUUCUGGAAUGGUGCUUGUCUGCCUCUCCUCUCUGUCUCCAGGUAACUCUUGCUCCUCCUCAAGCUGCAAUUCUGUGAGCACGCUGGGAUUUCUUUUUUAUUGCUGCACUACUAAAAAUAAACCCCGCUACUCAGAUAAUGUUGGGAAGGACGUAUAACAUAAAAAGAGCCCCACUGGAUCGGACCAAAGGGAUAUAUAGUGCAACGUCCUGUUUUCAUGAAGCUGCCUCUGGGAAGCCCAAAAGCAGGACCUGAGGGCAAUAGCCCUUUCCAACUCUUAGGCUGUGUAUAUAUUACCAGUUUAAAAUGUGACUAGACUGCUCUUUCUCAAUUUGGAUCAAAACUGGUUGCCGGUGGAGGAAUGCUCAAAACACAGCAUUCCAUAAGAAACAACAAGAUAGAUACAGAUCGUGGCUGACAGUGUGCUCACCACUUCCCAAACCAGUGGCGAGAUCACACUGGACACAGCAAACAGUAGCUGCUUGGAAGCAUGCUGCCUCUGAUGUUGGAGGCAGUCUAUAUGUUGGAGGCAGUCUAUUGCCAUCAUGACUAGUAACUCACUCCCACAAGUGAUGGCCAGCAAUUUGGAUGGCUUUAAAAGAUGCUUGGGCCCAAUUCAUGGAGGAUAAGGCUAUCAAUGGCUAUGCUCUGCCUCCGUGGCUGGAGGCAGUAAAUGCUUCUAGUUACUAGAAACCACAGGAGGGGAGACUGCUCUUGUGCUUGCUUCAUGCUUAUGCUUGGGUCACACUUGAAGGUUUCCCAUCUGGUUGGCCACUGUGAGAACAGGAUGCUGGACUAGAUGGGCCAUUGGCCUCAUCCAGCCGGUUUUCUUCUGUUCUUUGCAUCCACUGAUGGUCUUAUCCUACAUGCAUCUGUCUAAGUUCAUUUUUGAAAGGACAUCUAAAUUGGUGGUUACAUCUUGUGAUAUCAAAUUCUAGAGUUCAGCAUUGUUAAGAGGCCCCUGUUCCUUGCACAGAGCUACAUUUCCCAGAGUCCCUCUGGGAAAUGUAGCUCUGUGGGGGGAAUAGGGUUCUCCUAAUAACUCUCAUCACCCUUAACAAACUACAACUCCCAGAAUUCUUUGGGGGAAGCCACAGCUAUUUAAAGUGGUAUUGUAGUUUUGAAAUGUAUAGUGUGAAUCUGACCUUAGUGCAAAUUUCUCCUAAUAUGCGCAUCUUGUAUGUGAUUUUGCCUAAUGUGUGAAUAUUUGCAAAGUCAUUUUGCUGAACAUACUGAAUUUUGGAUGUUAUUUUCAAUAAUAUGUGCAUUUAUAUCUGCUUUGCUGCACACAUUACUAGACUGGAGAACUAUGGUGAAAUAUGGAGAAGGUAAAUUUUGAAGGAUGGCUUUGUUUCAGUUCUCAUAUUGAUUUGGAAAGUGCAAAUUAGGUAUAAUAAAAGCAGGCUGAAUUGUAUUUAUCCCCCAUCCCUAGUUGGAGUUCAGCCACAAGUCUCUUUCCCCUUAGUGUGUGUUAACCAUAUUUGAUGGGUUUUUUCUCCCUCUUCACCCCCAACUGCUUUCCCCCCCAGGUUGUGUUGACCAAUCAAAUGACGACAAGACUUGAACAUGGCCAUUCCUCUUUGGUACCUGCCUUGGGUAAGUGUUUUAUACUGCAAGUUGAAGGAUGCUUUUUCUGCUUUAUACAGACCAGGUUUUUCUUUCAAGCACCAUGAACAAAAGAACCGUGACAGCCAAUCUUGUUUCCCCGGUGAUUCUGUCUGAAGAUAACUUUGCACAGAGAAUGUCCUAUACAAACCAGGAGCUCCAUGGUUAUAGCUCCUGAUUCUCGGGGCCAAGUCCUGUGACUGCACCAGCUGGCACAAAUAUGUGCUGCUGUGAUCCUGGAAACUGGUACCUUGAACUGCAGACUUCUCAGUUAAUAUUGGGCAUUCUCAGAGCAAAGGUAUCCCUGAGGGAUACUGAGGGAGUAUCCUAGCAAGAAAAAAACCUGACUGGCUUUGAGGCAUCCUUCAGAAAACAAAAGAAGGUUGAAAUUGAGGACACUUCAGCAAAGACCUCCCUGCCUGAGACCAGUGGAUUAUAUCCUUUGCUUAGAAGCCAUUUUACCAUGUAAGAGGUAUAUAAAUUAAUAGAUGAUAAUAAAAUAAUAAUGAUAAUUGGGAACAAUGGGGCACUGCUCCACCAGCCUUAAUCCUGCCUUCAGCAAGUUUCCACCUGUCUGUCCUCUUACUUCCAACCAGCCCUGGCUGUCAGUUUUCCCCUCCUCCUCCUUAGUCUCUGUGUUGCUCUUGAAACUCAGCAGGGAGGAGGAGGAGGAUGGGGAUGAAAGUAGAAUUAGUUGACUUUGCCUCUUAUUGGCUCUGUCUCCACCUGUUGGGCUCCCUGCUUUCUGCCCCGCCAGUCUCAGUGGGUAUCAGCGGCUACUGCCUGUGACCUUGGAGAUGCAUUCCCAGCCAGGAUACACAAUACUCAAUGGAUAAUAAGUUUGGCCUGGUAUAAAGUAGCUUGCUCUCUUCUUAUGCACAGUUUCAGGAAAGCUUGCUGUGUUCAUGUUGGUAUGAAACCAGCUCAUAUCAACAUGAACAACAUAGCUCUCGAGCAUCUCUGAAUAAACUCACUGAACUGAAAUAAAGACUUUUUGAAGGCCCUCAAGGAGCAGGCUUUUGUUUUGAUUUUUAAUUGACACUGUUUUUAGAGAUGAUCGGUAACAUUUUUAAUUAGGCUCUCCUCUGGCUUAUUCUUUUCUUUUUUAAUUAAAUAAUGUUCAGCAUCAAGAUGUGCUUGUAAGGAUAUGAACCUGGGCAAUUCAGAUUAGAGGUAGGCACAGGAAAUUGGAGUGUGUUCUUUCAUUGUGUCUCGUCCCUUUGUAAUACAUUCUGUACAACUGUCUAGAAUGUAGAAGUCCCAAAUUUUGGAGAGCGAAGCAAAUGUCACUCAUUUGUGUAUUUAUAGUCACAAAGUAUGAGACACUGUUUAAAAAGAUAGUUGUUAACUGAGCACAGGUUUCUACCAAAAGCUAGAAAAUAGAGAAAUGAAAGUAUUUUAUUCCACAAGCCCAUAAACAAAGAUGCAAAAUCAGAGAUGGAUAAAUGCGCUUCUCUCCCUACAGCACUAUAUAUUCCCAAGACAUUUCAAAGAGUAGGCUUCUUUACUUGAGGUUGUGUUAAAUUCCUUUCCUUAAAAUCAUGUCCUCGAUUUCAGGUUUUAGGAGAUAAUUAGUGGAAUCUUUGGUCUUCAGCCUCAAAAAACUCUUGUGUUGAGAUUUGGGCACUAACGUAUUUUUCGCUCUAUAAGACGCACCAGACCAUAAGUCGCACCUAGUUUUUGGAGGAGGAAAACAAACAAAAAAAUUUCCUGAAUCCCAGAAGCCAGAACAGCAAGAGAGAUUGCAGCGAAAGCAGCGAUCCCUCUUGCUGUUCUGGCUUCUGGGAUAGCUGUGCAGCCUGCAUUCGCUCCAUAAGACGCACACACAUUUCCCCUUACUUUUUAGGAGGGAAAAAGUGAGUCUUAUAGAGCAAAAAAUACGGUAUGUACAUUCUUAAGUUUAAUAAGUCGAUCGCCUGCUGUUAGAUUAGUUAUAUUAGCUAGAAUUCUUUACUUGGUUGACUGUUCUGUGAGAAAACAUAGCUGCUUCUACGCUGCUACUGUUUCCUGUCAGGAUUCCGCCACAUAUUGGUAAAUUCUCUUUUCCUGAAAAUACCUGACUUCUUGCAAUAAGGAAAGUGAUAGGGAAGCUUGCUUUGACGCAACGUCAUCUAACCUCCCCACAAAGAAAUUGUGGAGUAAAUGCUCAUUAGGUAGCAAGCACCGUCUAAUUUCCCUGCAAGCAAAUCUGGAUAAAUGCUCAAUAAAGCACCCUUCCCCACCCCCAGUCCAUUUCCCACCACCACCACAUAAUUAUUGUGGGCCUUGGAAGUACACAUUCCAAAGUCUAUGAUGCACGGGCAUGGCUGCCGCCAGGAAAACGUUUGGUAUUAACUGUGGCAGCCGUCACCAACUUCAUCAGAUGCCAGGUCUCCCUGGUGAUUUUAACAAAGGCAUCUUGCUCUGCUUAGAACUGGUCCAAAUCCAUUUUCCAAAUGGGUAUAAAAUCCUGACUUAAAAGCCAGGUGCUUUGCAGCUUUAUAGUGAACACUGAAUACCAGACUACUUCUUCUUUUAAAAAAAUAGUCAAUUCUUCUUCUUGCAAUUGAAAGCAAAGCAUUCCUUCAGUGUCUUUGAAUCACGUAAUGAUUCCCUUGAUUAUUGGGGUUGGGGAGGGGGCGUUGAGAGACAUACAAAGGCAAGAGCAUCCCUUAAUGUGUGUGUUCAGCACUUCAACAGCUUGGCAGAGAUUUAAGAUAAAUUGAACAAAAUAAAAAAGCAUGCCCUUGGAGGAUGUCGGGUCUGAAAUGUGCAUGCAGAUAAAGACCUUGCUUUCAAACACUGACCUUUUGUCUUCAGUGUGCUUGCCUUCCCCCUGCUGUAUACAUGAUUUUUGGCAGACAAUCAGACUACAAAGCAAAUUAAAGCUAAUAGAUUUAAGGGUCGGCAGCUGGCGGUCCAUGGGCUGACUCCAGCUCCCUGAGGGGUGCUAUCUGGUCCCUUAGCUGCCAAUCCUCUCUUUCCCAUCAUGUUCUUGGAACAGCCUUAGGGAAGGAAAAUGGUGACUUGGGCAAGCAAAUGAAGGGUUUUCCUCUUCAACUGCUGUGUUCCUUGCUGUGUCUUUCUCUCUUGCCCUUCUGGGAAAUCAGAAAAGGAAGCAGACUGAGACCAGGGAGGGAGGGAAGCAAUCCUAGGCUUGAUCUGCACCACACAGAGGACCUACGAAUGUCUUGGGGGCAUUUUAUCGGGUUUUCGUAGACAAGCUUGCAUGGCUUUAAAAGAAGUUUAGGCAAAUUCAUGGAGGGUAAGGCUAUCAGUGAUUACUAACCUCGAUGGCUAUGUUCUACCUCCACUGUCGGAGGCAGUAUGCUCCUGAAUACCAGUUGCUGGAAAUCACAGAAAGGGAGACUGCUGUUUUGCUCAAGUCCUGCUUGUGAGAUCUGCAAUGGGGCAGGCUUUUCUGAUGUUUCUUAAACUUGUCCUGGGUUGCAUCUCUAAAGUCGUAUUUCCUGUGAGCUUCAGUUUUCCCUUUGUAAAAUGGGAACAAUAUUAUUAUCCCCAUCUCUGUGGCACUGUAGUUAUUAAUGAACAGUUCUGUUGUUUUUAGAUGCAACAUGCUGGGUUAGAGAAAGGAAGAUUAUAAUUUGAAAUAACCCUGUUUUUGCUUCCUCCCAUGUCUUAUGUGUUUUCCCUUUUCUCCUUUCUGGUGGUAGUGGUAGCAGCAGCAGCAAACCCAUUGAUAAGAACCAACUUUGUUUUUGUUCCCACCCCAAGUAGCAGGUCUUUUCGUCCAUGCUAUCACUUGCUUGUUAGGCUUGUGUCCCUUGCUCAGUGCGAUUUCAUUAAUUUAUGGGCCUUCAGAAAGCAAAACGUUUAGAAAACUGAACACACAAAAGAAAAGAAAAGAACGAUGGAAUUCACUCUCAUGAGACUGAGCAAUGGCCACGAGCUUGGGUGGCUUUAAAAAAAAAGUCUAGACAAAAUCAUGGAGGAUAAAGCUAUCAGUGGCUACUACCGUAGUUUUGAAGUUCUACCUCCUAUCAGAGGUGGUAUGCCUCUGAAUACCAGUUGCUGGGAAUUGAAAGGAGGCUUCCCAUUGGUAGAUCUGGUUGGCCAAUGUGAGAAUAGGGUGAUGGACCAGCUGGGCCUAUGGCCUGAUUCAACAGGGCUCUUUAGAUGUUUUUACGUUCUGCAAUAGAUUCUGAAAUGGUUUCCUCUGCAAAAGUUGUUCAAAAUCCGCAAAUCUUAGUUUUUCUUAGCAUUUUUAAAUAGAGCUUCUUAAUUAUUGGGGGGGGGGGAUCUCCUAGGCAUUGCGAGGAUUAGGUUAGGCUGAGAAGCCUUUCACACACUGGGCUCUAAAAUGGAUGAUCCUAGAUGGUUUUUACUUGGCAUACUUAAUAAUGAGGUCAAAUAUUGUUAUCUCUCUCCAGUUUAAUUUUAGUAGCGCUUUUUGCCAUGGAGCGUAAAACCAUCCACCCCACCCCCCAAGCAAAGAAAUAUGGUUUGAAAUGGAAAUGGCACUCAUUUGUAUAAUUCAUACUCUAAUCUCGACUUCCAAACGUUAAAUCUCACGCUGGUGUAGUGAUGAAGGUUGCCAAGAUGCCUCUGGGGUCUAGACAUUUAAUUUUGAUAAUUCUUCCCGCUGGAAUGAUACGCUUCUCCCUCUGUAUGUGGUAAUGAAGAUGUUCCACUAGAUCCACCUGCCCCGGAGGCUGACAGAUGCACCAGCUUGGUGAUUCUGGAGACAAAUUGGGGGGGGGGGGACUGCUCAUAGUAUUUUCCUUUAAAUGACCUGCUUUAAAAUCCAAUCCAUCUCCUGACUUAUGGGCGCACUGUCUAGAAUGGGUUGAGGGAGACGGGCUCAAUAAAUCUGUCUGGAAAUCAAAUGACAUGGUCAGAAAUGAGUUCAAAUAAUGAGAUUGCUUUCUGUCAGAAGCCACAUCAGUUUCUCAGGUUUUAAAGAGCCUGAAGUUCCUCUGCAGCUGAUUUCUUGCAUGUCAUUAUCUACUUUCUGGUGCUCUUUGCACAGUUUUUCUGCAUUAGCUGUUCCUUUGUUUUUGCAGGAUUAUUCUUGGUCAUGGUUUUUUCUUUUCUUUUUUGAAUAAUGCUCAAAAAUUAAGCUCGUUCAGAGGGAUGUGCAAAAAGCACGUGGGAGCAUGGACAUAAUUUGUUGUUAUGCACAAUCUGCUUUCCCAACCAGUAAGACAUUCCUGGGGCGCAGCACUUAACCCAGUUUGAUGGCUCCCAUAGGCACACUUGCACCACACCAAGUUUCCCACUGCCUCAUGCCUCUCACUCUCCUUCCUGGUAAGAGGCGGCAACACACCUGCCAGGAAGCUAGCAUUGUGACUCCACUCCAUCUGGCAAGCUAGUCUCCAUCCAGGCAGGCAAGAGGCAUUAUUGCGUUCAAGGAAACAUUCCCGCCAGACAAAUAGCAUUUGAGGAAGGUGCAAAGCAGGGCCAUUAGGAGUGUGACCAGGCAUAGGAGCUAACUCCAGGGGGGUGGGGGUGAUUGGGUACCCACAAUGAGAUCAUUGUGGGGGCUGGGCACCCACAAAGCCAAUGAGAAGAGCCGGCAGGUGGCGGCAGCGUUGCCUCCAAGAGAGAAGCAGUUCUGUUCCGCCCUCUGCAGCCAGCCAGCGAGGCACACUUUUCCGGGAGGUGGGAGGUGGGCCUCAGAGGCAGAGUCCCUUUGCCUCUGAGUCUGAGCUCCUCCCUAUGGAAAAGCGUGGCCUGCUGUCUGUGGAGAGGAGGAGGAAGAGGAAGAGGAACCACCGACUGCCGCAACUUCUGCCUUGUGGUGGCGGGCACUCACAGUCCUGAGGGUGGGAUGGCACCCCUGUGACCAGGGGAGGUUUUCAGUAGGCAGAUAGAGAAGCCUGGAGGUCCACGUUUCUCUCCUAAACCCGAGUCUCCCCCACCUGUGCAGGAAGGCAUCACAAUAUUUAUCUGUCUCUCUCACACUCUAGGAGAAAGCUGGGGGCAUGUAGCUACCGUCCGCUUAAUCCUGCAUUGGGACAACAAACACAGGUGAGAAACCAAAAACACGUGAACUGAUCCAGUGGGUGUCUUACUCUUCUGAAGUUAAUCUGAGCCCAGCAAUGAACUCCCAGGCUGCAUGUGAUUCAGCACAUACUGGGGUAAACUGACCAUAAAAAUACAUAUAUUGUUGAAAAGAAUAUACAAAAAUGCAUUCUUUUAGGGGAAAAUUCUUUGCAAAAACAUGUGCGGCAGGAGAGAGAGCAUAUAAAAGUGUAUAUUAGAAGAGAUUUGUGUUAAAAUACAGAAUGAGAACUUUAAAAAAAUGUGAAAUGACUGUGAGAAAUAAACUUGUGAUUGGAAAAAUGAGAAACUUGAGAGGAACCUCAUAUUCACCUGUCCCUAGUGCAUAGCCCACCUGUCUCUACAGCCCAACUUGGUAUAAUCAGAUGUAAAACCUCCCUAUUUCAUAAAUAAAAUUGUUUAGCAACCCUUCUAGUAAUUCAACUUGUAAAGGCAGGAAGAGUGAGAGGCACUGUAUUUAGCAAUGCAGAGAUCAGAUGGAGGAGAAGAUCUCUCUCGUAAAGGCUGUUAACAAUGUAAGACUUGCCUCUAUAAAUGGUGCAAACGCUUCUCAAGCUCACACUCUACGUACAUUCUUGCUGCAUAGCUUGUCAGACAUCUGGAGUAUUAAGGCAGCCUUGUCCACUGCGCCUGUUUAGCAUAAACCUCAUACCUUCCUCUCCUCUCUUCCCCCUCCAGUGCUGGAAAUGUGUCAGUACUUAAUUAUGAGCGGGGGGCCUCUGUUUCCGUGAGAACAGGCCCCCCUGUUGAGUCAGAGGCACCCAGCAGAACUCCAACCAAGAGCCUCUUAAAAACAUGGCUUAGGGUGUCUCAAGAUUAAGGCUAUUCUGUAAAGUACAACCCACCAAUUUAAAUGUUCUAAGGAAUUCCCUCUGCAGCUAAUGUGAAGUGGUAAUCUUCCUCGGGCGGUAAUUACUUGCUUUCUAAUAGAAUGGCACUGAGGGGAAGGAGAAGCAGCCGAAGCCCUAAAAAUAAUUAACAGCAACCUUGGCAGGUUAUCUCAGAGCAAGGCAGAAUAUUUUCCCGGGGAGUGAUGAGGACAAAGGCUUCACUUUCUCCCCACUUUGGGUUUCAGCAGGAAGUUCCUGACACACACACACCCCAAGACUCUGGGGUGAAACAAAUGAAUGCCAUUCUGCUUAAUUUAAAAUAGUUUAUAUCCCACCUUUUCAUUUUGAAAAGUGCCCAACAUGGCUAACAGACUCUAAAUCGCAACCGGCAAGUGCAGUGCCGAUUAAGGACGCAGGAACACAAAGGGGGAAACGGCUUGCUACAGCCUUUUCCCCCUUCCCUUCUUCAAGCAUCUCUUCUAUGUGUUGUCAGCCUUGUGGGGCCCACCUGUCGCAGGCUGCAAAAUGCCUGCUGCUCAUGUCAUAGGUGUAUUGUUUCUGGUGGUCCCCACUGUUUUGAGACCACCCAUUUAUUUCAGUAGUUACCAGCAAUGGUGUCCACAGACACCUCUUAGGGUGCCUGCAAAAGGUUCCAAUAAAUGUCCACUAAAAAUCCACAGUGCAUGAGAAUGUUUAAUCUUCCUUCUCAGUACCUGGUUGCACUGAUUCAGUUUCUCCUACAUGGAACACGCACCCUUACACCUUCCCAGUUUUUGUAGGAUGCCAGAAUUUGACACCUUUCCUCUCAUUUUCCGCUGAGGAGCGGUGCAAAGAGCUUCUCUCUGUGAGCAAGUACAGCAGUCACUGGUGUAGAUGCCUUUCUGCCAUUGAUUGCAUACGGUGAAGGCCCACAUCAUUCUGUGCUCUAGUCUCUCUUCUUUUUUCAAUAUGGCAGCCAUUUUUUGUUGUGCCAUGCCCCCACAGGAGCCAUUUUGUGACUGGUACCCACUGGCUCAAAAAGCUUUGGGAUCCCUGAUCUAUAUAGGUGUCAUUUUUCAUAUUUUGGAAAAUGUUCUGUACAGAGGGCCUACUAAAAUGAAUGGGACCUCACAAACCGCCCGUGGUUGAUUGGCAGAAUGUAAAAGGAAACAAUAAAACAUGUGGGACGUCAUAUUAUUUUUGCACAGCUCCUGAUCAUUGCAUCAGAAUUUCUGCAUCAGAAGAACUUCCUGGGUGAAUUGUGCCCUUUGGCUGAUUGGCGAAGAAGCUUACCAGUGAAGUUGCACUUGCUGUACUAGUCUUGCUCAACCUGGUGUCUUCCCAAAUGUUGUUAGACAGCAAUCUCUAGCAUAGCCCAGUAGGCAGAGAUUGAUGUCAUCAGGAGGGGCCUGACUGGUGCAGGGAGGGUGCCCUACACUGGUCUGCCAUGGUGUUAUGCGCACAUGCUGUCAAAUAUUUGUAAAUGUAACAUGAGCUAAACAAGGGAGCAGUGACACUGAAAUCACAAUGCCUUCCAUCCUAUACAGAUUGGCAACGCUGUACAAGUCGCCAAGUCAGAAGGAAUCAACGGUGCCAUUUUGUGUAACGGUAAGUACAUUGCGGAUGGCGGGAGCAGGGCCAGGAUUAGGAGCUGAAAAGUGAGGGCAGGGUAUCUAUACUUAAGGUUGUGCUUUUGGAGCAGCUGCAAGUCUUCCAAGGUGAGCUAAUAGCAGAAAUGUUCAUAGUGGCUCAAUUCAAGUAGGGACGUCUCUUUUUUUUGAGACCCCCACCCCCUUCAGAAUUUACCACAGUUUUUGUGUUUCUUUGUGGUCAGGAACAGAAGCCAGCCAAACAAAGACGAUUGGUAUUAAUUCACGUUGUUGCUUUUGAAGUUUGCAAAGGAUACGUAAUUAAUUACCUUUUUAAACAAGGUUUUCAAGUUUCCUUUAUGACAAAAUGAAUCUAAGUUACGUGAAUUGUUAUGCAUGUUAGGCAGUCUCUAUUAAAUAAUGGACAGCGGAAUGAAAAGCGUUGUAUUUGGUGGAAACUGAACUGCAGUGAAAAAGAAGCUGCGCUGAUUUUGAUGAAUAUAGGUUGGAGAAGAGAUUGCUGCCUUCCUGCAUCCCUAGGCCUUAGAAAUAAUCCUUCAGCAAAUAUUGUGAUAGCCGGGCUUUCUUUUCGUAAUGGGCAGCUUUUGCAGAAGACAGAGCCAAGCAAGCAGAACCAAUUUUAAACUCUUCUCUUCAAAUGUCAAGAGCAUAGCUUACCACAUUGUAACUGUUCGCUUGCCAUGUGUGCUCCUGGUAACAUGUUGCCAUAGCAUUUCUUACGUUUUUGUUUUUUUAGGGCGAAAACGCUGCCUUUUGAGUACUGAGGCUUUGGGGGGAUAAAAAUGCGACCUUUCAAUUCUUGGAGUAAGACUGCUUUGCAGAUGUGCCGUUACCAGCCUCUCUAAAGCUUUAUGUGGUUUGCUUGCUUCACAGCACUCCAGCCAUCAACAAAAUACAGUAGGGUGAGAAAGUUUGCUGGAUGCUGGACUAGAUGGGCCAUUGGCCUGAUUUAGCAGGCUCUUCUCAAAGCAGUUUACUUAAAAGCAUGUAAAGUAUCUAUGAAAAAUACAGCUGAAAUAAUGUAGUUUUAAAAACCAAAUGUGCACAGUAAAAUGAUUAAAAAUGCAGAUUAAAAACACGAACAUUUAUUUCUUUUCUCCACCCACUUUUUUAACGGGGGGGGGUUGUUGCUCCUUAGCCAGCUUGAUCAGUGCAGCAGAGUGUAUGAUUCAGAGAGCGCAUCUGUAGAAAUCUGUGUUCUUAAUUAACCACACAGUUCUGAGCAGAGCCAUGAAAUUUACAAACUCUUUGGUCUUUUACUGGAAGCUGCCUUCCAUUUGUUUCUUGGCAAGACAGUUGGUCGCCUCUUUCAUUUCAGGGUAAUGUUGUUGUCCUCAUGGUUAUACAGAGCAAGGCACAGAGUAAAGGCAAUGUCACAGCAUUUUGUGGAACAAUGUUGUUGCUAAAUAUGAUAUGUUUCAAGCUUCACUUCAGAGUUGUGCUGGACACCAAGAAAUGGUAAUGGAAAAUUUUCCAUUUGCUUGUGAGAAGCUUAAAAGCAUUAUUAUUUAUUGAUCCUGCCCUUCCUCCCAAGGAACCCUUCCCCACCCGACAUAGUAAAUGCUGGUAAAAUAAAAGAUACCACCUUGAUUUACAACCUCGCGUAUUUAAUGACACACAGGCUGUGUAUACACCACACAUGAUCCCCACCCCCUAGACUCCUGAGAUCAGUAGUUUAUUCCUCAUAGAGCUAUAAUGUCCAGUGCCCUUAACAACUUACAGUUCCUAGGAUUCUUUGGAGGAACUAAUGUGCUUUAAAAUUAUGUACAAAGUUACAGUUUCUUCAGUUGUUAUACACAAGGUCACAGUAUUUAGCUUAGCGUACCUACCUGACUCUAGAAUAAUGGAGCAUUAUUAUUUCAUGCUGAACAUUUUUAAAAACCUUCGGAGUGCUAAAUUCUGCACUAGGGAUUCCUGAAUAAGAUGGUUUAAACUGGCAGAUGUUUUUUCCAUUUUCUAAAAAACUGUGCAGUGAGAACAGGUCCCAUCUGUAGAUGGCCAGAGAAUGCUUACAUCUUCAAAACUGAAGGCUUGUUGCUGAUCAAGAGUUUUUUGUUUUUUAAAUAAGUUGUCUCUUGCUCAUUCACCCACCCUCCAGUCUGUAGAAUUUGGGUGGUUUCUAAAUUUGUACCGUGCGAGACUUUGCCAAAUGCUGUAAGAACGGUUGUGAAAAGCUGUCCAUUCAGGCAAAUGUAUGCUAUAAAGGCUGCUUAAAAGUUACUUACCAGUAAGAGGUCAGGCUUUAUUAGAGAAAUUUCAGAUCAAAGAUCGCACAACGUCUAGGAAGUAGCUGGAGUUAAUUUAAUAGGUGACAUUCAUUUUGGCAAAGGCAUAACUAAGCUAAGGAUGAUGCAAUCAACAGAAGUAUAGUGUCCAGAAGAAGGGAAUUAAUAGUACCACUCUAUUCUGAUUUGACCAGACCCCACCUGGAGUUCUGUGUCCACUUCUGGGCAUCACAGUUUAAGAAAGAUAUUGAUAAGCUGGAAUGUGUAGAGGUGGGUGACCAGGAUGACAAAGAGUCUGAAAACCAUUCCGUAUGAGGAACGGUUGAGGGAGUUGGGUAUAUUUAGUCUGGAGUCCUUUUUUCAUUGUUGUAUGUAAAAUGUUUUGCAACAAAAGUCAUAUUUAAAAAAAGGCAAUUCAAGUGCCACUGUUACUCCGAUUAUGCAUAAUUUUUAGCUUAUAUAACAGCUGGAAUACUUUUGCUUGAACAAACUUGGUUUCAGGAGCAAGUUGAGGGAGGAUAUGACAUUUGCAAGUGGGUGGCUGGUGGCCAUGGUGAUUGAUGGGGCAAAAGGCUGGGAUCCCAACAGGAGGAGCCAGAGCCAAUGGCAGGCAGAGCUAGAUGAUUCUAGUUUUGUCCCUGUCCUCCUCCCUGCUGAGUUCUACAAGGCAAAACACUGAGGCUAAAGAGGAGGAAGAUGGCAGGCAAUAAUAAUAAUACCCCACCCAUCUGGCUGGGUUGCCCCCAUGGGCUCGUUAGCUGGUGAGGGCAGACUGAGCUUGGUGAGACAGUGCCUCAAUUGCCCUAAUGAACCAGACUCCACUGACAUUUGCAGUGAAAGGGGUGUCAUAGCAGUAGUGAAACAUUAAACCUUUUGAUUAUGCACUUCAUAGACUCAAACACGUAAUGACAAAACAGCAGGGGCAUCUUGUCUAGAUUUUGCCCUUCUGGCAUGUCUCUUAAAACGAAUGACCCGAUUUGCCACACACGGCAAGACAGUUUGUAAUGCAGCAUGCUGAAAGUUCCCAGAGAUCAGCAAGAAAGAAACACUUGCUGCUUUCAUUACGGAUCAAGUUGGUCCUGCUCGUAGGACCUCCUGGCAUUUUGUAAAAGUCACACCAGAUAGUAAUUCCACCUGAUGUUUCACACUCGGCCAGCUUGAAAUGUCAUAUUUUCUGAAACAACUUUACUGCUUCCUUGAGCAAUUGGUAGCCACCUGAAGUGUGCUUCCCCUUUCUCAGAACAGGCCUGACAACAGAAUGGGUGUGUGUAUACACACACCUUAAGGGCUGUCGUCUGCUUGCUCCAGAUGCCACCUAGAGCCCCCCCCCAACACCUUUUCUGUAUAUAGGAAGAAAGGUGGCACAUUCAGACCAUACAUUUGAAGUUCAUGGCUUCCCCAAAGGAUCCUGGGAAAUGCAGUUCAUGAAGGGUGCUAGGAGUUGUGGCUUUGGGAGGGAUAAAGUACAAUUCCCAGGGUUCUUUGGAGGAAGCUGUGACUGUGAAAGUGGUACAGAUGUGAAUGUAUUGUAUGGAAUGCGGGGAUUCAGCUAAUGAGUCCCAUCAACAGAAGCCUUGCGCAAAGGCUUCUGCUUAUGCCAUGUUGAAUUCUUCCCAUUGUCUUGCCUCUCCCUUAUGACAUUUUAGCAGAUGGCAAAGACCUUUUCAUUUUAUUUUAGAAAGGCCCCUGGCCUUUAAUUAUUAGUGAUUAUAGUUGAUUGUUACAGUUUUACUCUGGCGAUAUAAUGUGCUAAUUGCAGUUACUGUUUUGUCUCCUGCUGUGGCUUUUAUAGGUUUCAUUUCUUCGCAUCAUUUUCUUCCAUUUGGGCUUUGCAGUUUCAUUUUUAUUUUUAGUAGGGAUGUCAUUGGUUGGCUUAAGACUAAUUUGGGGAAAGAUGGGAUAUAAAUGUUUUACAUAAAUAAGGUAGACAGAGUGAAAAACCUAGAGGCAAGGAUAAAGUAUAAGAACAUGUACGUAGUUAUUUAAAUUGGCCUAGUUAAAACCUGGGCAGAAGUAACCAAGGGGAUGGCCUCCAGACAGUAUUGGACUGCAACUCCUAUCAUCCCAAAACAGUCUGGUCAGUCAUCAGUGAUGACUGGGGUGGUACUGUGUUGGCUACCCCUGCAGUAGAUCAUUUAGGGCUUGGGAAUGCUGUGAACACCAUGAAAAAGUUAAGUUUUGAAGGGAGAUGGGAAUGAAGGGAGGGAGGUGAGUGUCAUUGUCAAGUAUUGGGGGUAGCAGUUCUAAACGUAAGGAGCAACAAGUAAGAAAGGACCAUUCUUGGGUGGGUGGGGGUCAUUUCAGGGAACAGCAUGGCUGAAGAUGGUGGUACAGAAGGAGCAGCAGUCUGCAGACAUUCUUGGAGUACACAGAUUAUUUAGAUUCAUUCCAACCUAGGUUCAGUCCUGGCCACGGAAUUGAGUCAGCCUUGGUCACCCUGCAGAGUGGGACAGUAGGAGUGCGACCUUGCUCCUGCUCCUUGAUCUCUUGUCAGCACUUGAUGCCAUUGACCAUGGUUUCUUCCUGGACCGGCUCCAGGGAUUGGGAAUUGGAGGCACUGUGUUAUAGUGGUUCCAAUCCUACCUUCAAGACAGAGUCCACAGAAUAUCAUUGAGAGAGCGCCUUUAGGCCCCCUGGCAGCUAUGCUAUUGGGUGACACGGAGGACGAUCUUAUCUCUGGUGCUAUUUAAUAAUCCACAUGAUAAAGCCAUUGGGAGCAGUCAUGAGUUUUGGGGCAAAGCUGCCAUCGGUAUGCCGAUGACACUCGGUUCUGUUUCUCCAUAACAUCUGAAUCGGGAAAUGUCGUGAAGUCCCUGGGCCAUUGCCUGGAUGCACAGGUGAAAUGGAUGAGGAAAAGGGCUGAGCCCCGUUACCAAACUACUCCUGAUCUAUGGGAAUGCUGCUGAAUCCCUAAAAUUUUAGUUUAUUUGCAGCUUUCCAACUGUCCUAUUACUUUAUUCUUUGUCUUCUCUACAGACUCAUGGAUUCAGAGACGUUCAGCUUCCAUCUCCAAACCGUACACCGGCAGAAAGUGAAGCAAACCCUCGUAAAAGACCACGGACAGAACAGAUGGAAGAAAAUUGACCUGGAGUAGUAGCAGCUCAGUUUGAAAAUGGUUUGCAUUGAAGGAGAACAUCAGAGUGUUCAAGAGACUAUUUCAUUUGGGGGUGGGGUAGGGAAUUUGUUUAUUGCUAAUCCAUACCAUGGUGUGAUUUUUAUCUCCCCUCCAUGUCUCCCAUCACUCACCCCUGGACCCCACUCUUUUUCUUUCUAAAUAAAGCUUGAAAAUGUAUAUAUUUAAAACAA